AUGGAUGGAGUGAAUUCUCAUCUGUCUCCGACCACAUAUCAUAUGAACGGCGGUGAUGGUCCUUACAGCUACGUUCAAAAUUCUGAUUAUCAGAAAGAAGUAAUAGAUUUUGCAAAGGGACUGCUCAACGAGAUGAUAGCAGAGAAGCUUGACGUUGAAAACCCUUCCUUUGAUCCAUCAAACCCCAUCUGCAUUGCAGAUUUAGGCUGUUCUGUUGGACCCAACACAUUCUAUGCAGUGAACAACAUCAUUGAAGCCAUUGAACUGAAAUACAAAUCAAACCCUCAAACCCCAUCAUUCCAUGUCUUCUUCAACGACCACACCACCAAUGAUUUCAACACUCUCUUCAAAACCCUCCCCACUAACCGGAAAUACUUCGCCGCCGGAGUCGCGGGUUCUUUCCACCGCCGGUUGUUUCCAAACAGCACCCUUCAUUUUGUUCACUGCUCUGCUGCACUGCACUGGCUCUCAGAAGUACCAAAGGAACUGAAGGAUAGAAACUCUCUUGCAUGGAAUAAAGGAAGUGUUCUACACACAAGCCCAGUGAAAGAGGUUAGAGAGGCAUAUUCAGCUCAGUUCAGGAAAGAUAUGGAGGAGUUUUUAAGUGGUAGAGCACAAGAGCUUGUGCGUGGAGGGUUGAUGGUGCUUAUAGUGCAGGGUUUGCCCGAUGGGGUCCUUCUUUCUGAGACUACUGUGGGUAUGGGGUUCUGUGUACUUGCUUCGUGCCUCGACGACAUGGCUAAGACGGGUGUUGUAAGUGCAGAAAAGGUGGACUCCUUCAACUUGCCUUUCUACCAUCCCUCUUCAAAGGAGUUAAGGGCAUUGAUAGAGACAAAUGGAUAUUUCCAUGUUGAAAGAAUAGAGAAAUUGAGUACCCCCUGGAGACACGAAACACCCGAUCUUCAACUUGUUGGCAUGCAUUUGAGAGCUGUCAUCGGGGGACUAAUUGAGGAACACUUCGGAGAUGAGAUCCUUGACGACUUGUUCCAACGCCACAUUAAGAAACUUGGGGAGAGUGCAUUCAUAUACGAUGAGAAGUACCGUAAAGAGGCUAAUUAUUUUGUGUUUCUCAAGAGAAAAGUCGCUUGA